AUGAGAUUCAAGCUCUUCUCACCUACCAUCGUCCGCACCAAUCUUACAAAAAGGAUGGUUUCUACGGCAUCGCGACAUUUUCGCCCAGGUCUUGUUCACUCUCCGGCUACUCCCGAGGCAGGUCAGAAGCUGCGGGAGUUGUUACUGCGGGACACCAAGGAGCACCAUUGCUUUUUCAACGACCUUGGCUUCCAUAACCAUCUUUCACACCAUUUGGUAGCGGCCUAUGAUAUGGGCGCUACCCCCGCGCUUUUGCAGAAGAUAUUCGACGAGGAGGCAAAGGAACAGAGACCUGUGGGAACCAACGGAGAUGAUUUAACCGAGAAGAACUGGACCACCAAGUUGGGUGACAGAAACGCGUACGGAAGCUACCUUUCGUUCUUCACGGAUCGCAUCCAAAACCUCGGUGUACAGAAGACGCUCGAAGAGUUUCUGAUGUCUCCAGCCGCAAAUGGCAAUGGGGCUUCCAUGUUCGCUCGGUUUUUUAGUGGCGCGCUUCAUCCAUUCCUUCAUGUUGGGGUGAGUAUUGUAUACGAAUCGGCUCGUGAAGCUGAUGGUGCUCUCAGUUCGGAAUGGAACUUGCGCAAGAUUGCAUGGUUGCUCAAGGAUUGGCGAUGUGUGCUGUAA